AUGGGCACCAAGAGGGAGGACGCCGAGAGGGAGUUCCAGGGCGACAGCCAGGCCAGCUGGGUGCAGCGCAUACUCAUGGCACUGGUUAGUGACUCGGCGCUCUUCAACACCAGGGAGGGCUGCGACGGGAAGGUGCACAACUUCAUGCUGGGCCUCAACCUCAACACCUCGUACCCGCUCUCACCGCUGAGGGACUUUGCCACGCGGGAGUCUUUGGACGAAGACGAGCUGGACACGGCCGUAGCAAACCCUGACGAAUUUGAGCGGAUAUACGAGCCCCUGGACGUCAAGAGCAAGAAGAUCCACGUGGUGGACAGCGGCCUCACGUUCAACCUGCCCUACCCGCUGAUCCUGCGGCCGCAGUGGGGCGUGGACCUCAUCAUCUCCUUCGACUUCUCGGCCCGGCCCAGCGACUCCAGCCCGCCGUUCAAGGAACUUCUUCUUGCAGAAAAGUGGGCUAAAAUGUACAAGCUGCCCUUUCCUAAGAUCGACCCUUAUGUAUCUGAUCGGGAAGGACUGAAGGAGUGCUAUGUCUUCAAGCCCAAGAACCCUGAUAUGGACACAGACUGCCCCACCAUCAUCCACUUUGUUCUGGCCAACAUCAAUUUCAGGAAGUACAAAGCUCCAGGUGUUCCCAGAGAAACCGAGGAAGAGAAAGAAAUAGCAGAUUUUGAUAUUUUUGAUGACCCAGAAUCACCAUUUUCAGCCUUCAACUUCCAAUAUCCGAAUCAGGCUUUCAAGAGGCUACACGAUCCUCUUGAAAGGAUUUCAACACCCUCAACAACAUUGACGUGA